AUGGCAGCCUAUACGACAGACCACUCUUCUUCAGUCCUCCAGACACACAGUUGGCGCACCGUCGCCAAUUCAGCACCACACCUCCUGCCGCAUAUCAAACCCAACAUGACUAUCCUCGACAUCGGCUGCGGACCCGGUUCAAUCAGCGUUGAUCUAGCCCGUCACGUACCUCAGGGACAUGUUACUGGUAUCGAGUACAUAUCUGAUCCGCUGGACCAAGCACGAAGUCUUGCGGCAAGCGAGGGAGUCACGAAUGUCGACUUCUGCAUCGGCGAUAUCCAUUCGCUCAGCUUUCCCGACAGCAGCUUCGACAUUGUGCAUGUCCACCAAGUUCUGCAACACAUUGCGGAUCCGGUCAAAGCACUCCGUGAGAUGCGCCGUGUUGCCAAGACAGAUGGUGGUCUUGUUGCCGCGCGCGAAUCGGCGCAAUACACAUGGUAUCCGGAAAACGUAGGAAUCGAAUCGUGGUGGAAUUUGACCGACAAAAUGUCAAAGGCAAAAGGCUGUAAUGCCUGUUCCGGCCGGUACAUCCAUGUCUGGGCGCGGGAAGCGGGAUUCGAUCGAGAGAAGAUUCAGAAAAGCGCGGGGUCGUGGUGUUUCAGUAGCCCUGCGGAGAGAGCGUAUUGGGGAGGAUCCAUGGAGGGACGGGUAAAAUCUUCCGGUCUUUCGAAGACAGCAGUGGGAGAAGGACUGGCGACGCAGGAAGAGUUGAAUGGAAUGGCGCAAGGCUGGAGGACGUUUGUCGAGGACGAGGAUGGUUGGUUCGCGGUGCUGCAUGCAGAGAUUCUUUGCUGGAAGUAA